GAAACAUCCAGAGAACCCCAUUCAUCUUCCGAUUUCUCCAACUUUGAGACAGAGUCCGUGCACCACACAGACAAGGAGAUUCAAGCAGAUCUGGAUCAUACUAGCAAUCUGGAAGGAUCUGAAUAUUCUUAUCAAGGAGGCAAUGUAGAAUUCAAGGACAUGCAGGCAGGAAUUGAGUUUGCUGUGCAGAUAACCCCAAUUAAAGAUUCCAAAAAGCAUAAGGAAAAGACGGAUGCUGCAAGGGAGACUCCAGGCUCUUCCUACUUUCCUGAUGACAUGACAGAGACCUUAGACAAUAAGAGUCAAGCAGAGCAGGUGGCAAUCACCACGCAAAGAGGGGGCAAUGCUAUGCCACCAGAAGUAUACUCCAGGAUAGGGGAGGCCAGCAGUUUGGAAGGAAUGGGUCAUCUGAACAGUAGGCAGAUCACAGCCGCUGAUCUUGACUUGGAGAAGAUGAGAUUGGAUGGUGCAAUGAUUAGGCUAAGAUAUAGGCAUGAAGAUAAUGAAAAGCGACGUCAGCAUGAAGAAAAAAUGGAACAGCUACGCCAAAAGGUUCCCUCUCAAUCAAUUGGACGAGAGCUCCAUGAAUUAUUCCAGCCCCAGAACCAGUAUGCCCUAUUUUUUUUCUGCUUCAUCUUUAUCCAUGUUAUUUACACAGUAAGGGAGCUGGCUUUCUAUUUUAUUACAAAGCACCACAUAUUCUGCUUUGCCACUUUGCUGUAUUUUGUUUUCAAGAAGGUUUUCCUGGAUUACAAAAAUAGGAAAAAACAACCUUGA